AUGGAGAAUGAUAAUGUGGACAGUGUGGGUGGUGUAGGUGGACUGCUGCACCUCCCACAGUCAUCUUUUCAGGUACCUUCUAACAUUCUCCAGAACAGACUGUACCCGCCCCUCUUAGAGUUCUCAGGAAAGACAGGGAUGUUUCCAUUUAAUCAUACGAUGGACUGCGUGACACCGAGCGAGCGUAUCGGCAGCUACUGCAACCCACGGACACGACACCUGAGGAUCACAAACCUCUGUGGAGGUUCUGCUCGAUUAAAGAAGAGGGUGAAACAUACUCGCAGAUCACAAGGGAAAGCAGUGACUCCAGUAAGUCACUCUUUAUCCCCUGAAGAGCAGCUGGAUAUCAUCCACUCUCAGGAGGAGCAGGAAAAGAGCAAAAUGACAGAACCUACUCCCACUGAGUUAGAGAGGUAUAUGUACUACAUCAAUAAUGGGCUUCAGGAGGAUACGGUCAUCCCUCUGCCUCCUCACCACAUCACCAACAUCUUUAAGUGUGUUCCUGCCUGUUUCCAUGGCCACCAGAUGGUGCAAAAUCUUUUGGAGGAAGUGAAAAGUGACUUUAAUUUCAGUGGCCGUAAAAUCAUCGUGGAAUACAUCCUGAGGGAUGAGCGUCAGAGGGAGAGGUUGUCCAUCUCCUCCAUUCCUCGUCCGUUUCCUCGGCGUGUGAUACGUGCUCCGGUUCCCUGGUCUGACACUUACAAGACCAAUCACAGCUGGUGCCAGCAAAAUCUUUACACUGUCAAUCCCAUAAUGUACCAGCUCAAGAAACUCUGGAUGAACAAUUUCUCAGAUCUGCGUUUUGUUCAUCUGGAGAAUUUCCACGUUGGGAAUCUGCCACUGCUGCCCUCAGAGUUCCAGCAGCUCAUACAGACGCAGUGUCAGACCAUCAGAGACUUGCUCAUCAACAAGUGGUUGCCACAGUGUGCGUCCCUCUUUUUUACAUAUAAGGAUUCUUGGCUGCACCUAGUGCCAAAGAGGGAGGUCAGUGUCCCUGUAAAGGUGCAUCAGUUUUUCUCCUGUGUGGCUGCACUGAUGUCACUACAACUCCGCAGCCUGGUGAUAGCAUCACUGCGGGACCUGCUAGGCUUCUUGUCACUGUACCAGGAUGGUAAUGAUUUUGGAGAGUGUUAUGAUGAGUUGCGUUACACACAGUAUCCACUCCUGUUGGUCAAGCUGAGGGUAGAGGACUCAAGCAUCGUGUUUCAGCCUUCGCUGGCUCAGUGCUGGGAGAUCAUCAAAGAAUCAUUCGUCCAGGUCAUCACCAGCGCUGACAACAUACCCCGGGUGGAGAUUAACCUGUUCCCUGAGCUCCGGAAGCAGGACUACAUUCUGCGCUCUGUCAGACAGGAUGAGUCGCUUGUGACAGACAUGCUCAAUCAAGCCAGAGCGAUCUACCAAAGGAACUCUGUUGGCCCACAUAAAUAUUUGGGCAUUUAUGAUAAAUACAGUAAUCUGCUGGAUCAGUCAGCCAGACAGGAUAUGCUCUCAUUUCUCCAGGAAAAUUUCUCUCUACAGGAUUUUUCCAAAAAGAUUGAGCAAGUUAACUGUGUGUGGAACGAGAUCGCCCCUCUUCGUGUGACUGUCCCCCUGUCACUCUUUUGUCUGGAUGCUGUGAAGCUCCGGCAGGAUCUGUUUGAUCGUACGGAGAACCUGAAAGACCUUCUCAUCAACUACAGGCUGGAGGAGAACCGACAAUUCAACCAGAGGGUCUGUGAGCGGUGUGAGCAGAUUGAGAAAACAGUGAUGACUGUACCAACCAACACAGAAGAACUCGUGGAGCUCGAUAACUUCGUGGAACAAACCAGCGGUGUAACUAUACUGGCACUGCGUGAUGAUCUUUGUGAAGCAGCCAAACGCCUAAGGUUCCUGCUGGACUACGCCACUCUCACUGAUGAUGACAUUAGGCUGAACAGCAGUGUGUUCCAAUGGCUGAAGAAGAUCGCAUUUGUGUGUAAAGUUAAUAAAGACAAACUGGCUAAUCAGAGAGAUGAUGCUGAGAAAAAACUGCAGAAGAGGAUUGAAGAGCUGGAACACACACUGGAGGAUUUAUCUCAUGAAAUGCAAACGUUUAAGAAGAAAGAAGUGAUGAGUUUGGAGGAGAUGAAGAACAAUGUGGAGAAACUCAAUGAGAUCUCAGCAUUUCUGGAGGAAGCCAACACAGAGUUUGAGUACAUUAACAAGGAGGAGUGUUUGUUGGAAAAAGAGCAGACUCGAUUCCCCCUGCUGCAAACCAUCAUAACCAGCAAACAGCUGUACGACCAGCUGUGGAACACAGCACUGAACUUCCACACCAAAUCAGACAUCUGGAUGAAUGGCCCCUUCAAAGAGCUGAAUGCAAUGCGCAUCUCUGAUGAUCUUUCUAGCAUGUACAGUCAAAUGUACAAGCUGGUUAAGGUUUUCUCUGAGGUGGCGGCUCCACGCCGAGUGGCAGACAGCUUCUGCACCAAAAUCAAUAAGUUCAAGCAGCACCUGCCUAUCCUGAGCACCAUCUGUAACCCUGGCAUGAAAGGCCGCCACUGGGAAAGGAUCAGCAGCAUUGUGGGAUUGGAGGUAAAGCCAGAACCACACACUUCUCUCCUCGACAUGGUGGAGCUCGGCCUGCCCGAACAUGUUGACAAGUUAGAGGACAUUGGUGCAGCUGCCAGUAAGGAGUACUCUCUGGAAAAUGCUUUACAAAAGAUGAACAGCGAGUGGACAGCGCUCAAGUUUGACUUUAAAGAAUACAGAGACACGGGUACAAGUGUUCUCUCUGUAGUGGAUGACAUUCAGGCAUUGUUGGAUGAUCACAUCAUAAAGGCACAAACAAUAAGGGGAUCUCCAUUCAUCAAGCACAUCGAGGCAGAGUGCAAGCAAUGGGAGGAGAAGCUCUUGGAGAUGCAGGAUAUUUUGGAUGCCAUGCUAGUCUGUCAGGCUGCUUGGCUCUACCUGGAGCCCAUCUUCAGCUCGGAGGACAUCAUUGCGCAGAUGCCUGAGGAGGGCCGCAAGUUCAGCAUCGUUGACGCCUACUGGAGGGACAUCAUUGCUGAAGCGCUAAAGGAUACACAUGUGUUAGUGGCCACGGGCCAGCCCAACAUGCUGAAGCGUCUGCAGGAGGCAAAUAUCUAUCUGGAGGACAUUCAGCGAGGUCUGAACACCUACUUGGAGGAAAAAAGACUCUACUUUCCCAGGUUCUUCUUCCUGUCUAACGACGAGCUUUUGGAGAUCCUGUCUGAGACGAAGGAUCCUCAGCGAGUUCAGCCUCACCUGAAGAAGUGCUUUGAAGGAAUUGCUAAGCUGGAGUUCGAUGCAGAGCUUGAAAUCACCGGGAUGAUCAGCUCCGAGAAAGAGAUUGUCCCCUUCACACGCCACAUUGACCCUGCUAAGGCCAAGGGCAUGGUGGAGAGGUGGCUCCUGGAGGUAGAGCACAUGAUGCUGAGGAGUGUGAAAGAUGUCAUAAAAAGAGGGAUCGAUCAGUACCCUGAGGUCCCCAGGAAGAAGUGGGUGUUGCAGUGGCCUGGUCAGGUAGUGAUCUGUGCUUCCUCCAUUUUUUGGACCAGUGAGGUAUCUGACGCUAUAGAGAAAAACACCCUGCCUGCAUACGUGGAUCAGUGUAAUGAUCAGAUUGGAGAGAUUGUUGAGCUGGUCAGAGGGAAACUCUCAGGAGGAGCUAGACUCACGCUGGGAGCUCUAACAGUUAUUGAUGUUCAUGCACGUGAUGUUGUGACAAAGCUGGCAAAGGAUGGCGUGUCAUCUCUAAAUGACUUCCAGUGGAUGUCACAGCUGAGAUAUUACUGGGAGGAAAGAGGGGUCAUACUGAGGAUGAUCAGCACCGAGGUCACAUACGGAUAUGAGUAUUUGGGGAACUCACCACGACUCGUCAUCACCCCGCUCACAGACCGCUGCUACAGGACAUUGAUGGGGGCUCUGAAGUUGAAUCUGGGUGGAGCUCCGGAAGGACCUGCAGGUACAGGAAAAACAGAGACCACCAAAGACCUGGCCAAGGCUCUGGCCAAACAGUGUGUGGUGUUUAAUUGCUCAGAUGGUCUGGAUUAUAAAGCGAUGAGUAAAUUCUUUAAAGGUUUGGCCCAGUCCGGAGCAUGGGCCUGCUUUGAUGAGUUCAACCGCAUUGAGGUGGAGGUGCUAUCAGUGGUGGCUCAGCAGGUGUUGAGUAUUCAGCAGGCCAUAAUGAAGAAUCUGAAACGGUUUAUGUUUGAAGGAACUGAGCUCUCACUCAACCCAACGUGUUGUGUGUUCAUCACCAUGAACCCAGGAUACGCCGGCCGAGCAGAGCUGCCCGAUAACCUUAAAGCUCUGUUCCGUACAGUCGCCAUGAUGGUGCCAGAUUAUGCACUGAUUGGAGAAAUAUCACUCUACUCCAUGGGCUUCAUUCAUUCCCGCAGCCUGGCACAAAAAAUCGUAGCGACGUAUCGCCUGUGUUCAGAGCAGCUCUCCUCACAGCAUCAUUAUGACUAUGGUAUGCGAGCUGUCAAAUCAGUCCUGACUGCAGCGGGGAACCUGAAACUGAAGUUCCCACAGGAGGAUGAGAGCGUGCUGCUGCUCCGGGCACUGAUGGACGUCAACAUGGCCAAGUUCCUUUCCCAGGAUGUCCCUCUCUUCGAGGGUAUAAUAUCAGAUCUCUUUCCUGGCGUGGUGUUGCCGAAACCUGAUUAUGAGUUACUGCUCAAAGCUAUGCAUGAGAACAUCGUCAAACUCAAACUGCAGCCUAUUCCCUGGUUCAUCGGCAAGAUCAUACAGGUGUAUGAGAUGAUGCUAGUGAGACAUGGUUUUAUGAUUGUUGGUGAACCACUUGGGGGGAAGACCUGUGCAUAUAAAGUUUUAUCAGGAGCUCUGAAGGACCUGAAUGAAGGAGGUCUGAUGGAAGAGUUUGCAGUCAAUAUCCAGAUCAUUAACCCAAAGUCCAUCACCAUGGGUCAGCUGUAUGGCUGUUUUGACCCAGUGAGUCAUGAGUGGUCGGACGGCGUCUUGGCCACAUCAUUCCGGAACCAGGCUCAGUCAACGUCUGAAGACCGCCAGUGGAUUAUAUUUGAUGGACCGAUCGAUGCCGUGUGGAUUGAAAACAUGAACACUGUACUCGACGACAACAAAAAGUUGUGUCUGAUGAGCGGUGAGAUUAUCCAGAUGAGUUCUAAAAUGAGUCUGAUCUUUGAGACAGGUGAUCUGGAACAGGCCUCACCAGCUACUGUCAGCAGGUGUGGUAUGAUCUACAUGGAGCCCCAUCAGCUAGGCUGGACUCCACUCAGAGACUCUUACAUGGACACACUUCCAGACACCCUGUCAUCAGAACACAAAGAACUGAUUGUGAAUCUCUUUGAUUGGCUGGUGCAGCCAUGUUUGGACUUCAUUGCCCAUAAUUGUCGAUUCCUGGUGCAAACGUCACCCAUCCACCUCGCCUACAGCCUCAUGCGCCUGUAUUCCUGUCUGCUCGAUGAGAUUGCAGUGGCAGGGAAGGAGGGAGCAGAGUCUAUAUCCAGUCAGCAGAUAACCAUGUGGCUCCAGGGCCUGUUCCUGUUUGCUGUGGUAUGGACAGUGGGCGGGACUAUAAACGGUGACAGCAGGAAGAAGUUUGACUCCUUUUACAGAAAUCUGCUCACAGGAACGCUGGACGAGCACCCAAGACCUACAAGUGUCAAACUUACCAAGAACAACCUCUUCCCAGAGAAAGGUUUGGUGUAUGAUUAUUAUUUCCAUAAGCAGGGAUCAGGUCAGUGGAACACAUGGACCGACUCCAUCAGCAAAGAGGAGAGCACCAUACCACCUGGAGCAAAUGUGUCUGAUCUGAUCAUUCCCACGAUGGAGACGGCAUGUCAGCUCUUCUUCUUGAGGGCGUACCUGUUUCACCAGGUGCCUCAACUCUUUGUGGGGCCUACAGGAACUGGGAAAUCUGUCAUCACCUCUAACUUCCUGAUGUCUCUACCUAAAGAGCAGUACACACCGAACUGCCUCAACUUCUCCGCCCGCACCUCUGCCAACCAGGUGCAGGACAUCAUUAUGGCCAAGUUGGACAGACGCCGCAGAGGUGUGUUUGGACCACCGCUGGGGAAGAAGUGUGUAGUUUACGUGGAUGACCUGAACAUGCCUGCGAAGGAGGUUUAUGGAGCUCAGCCUCCCAUCGAGCUGCUGCGGCAGUGGAUUGAUCAUCAGCACUGGUACGACAAAGACACAUCCAGGCUGGACAUCAUAGACGUGCUGUUUAGCACUGCAAUGGGGCCCCCUGGUGGAGGGAGGAAUGACAUCACAGGUCGUUUUACACGUCACCUGAACAUCAUCUCCAUUGACUCGUUUGAGGAUGAGACUCUCAGUAAAAUCUUCACCUCCAUAACUGACUGGCACUUCAGCACAGGAUUUGAUGCUCCCUUCUACAGACUAGGGAAGAUCCUGGUCCAGGCCACUAUGGCGGUGUAUAAGGAUGUGAUAGAGAGAUUCCUGCCCACGCCAUCUAAAUCUCACUACAUAUUCAACCUCAGAGACUUUGCCAGGGUUAUCAAAGGAGUACUGCUGUGCCCACACACACACAUGCAGGAUGGUGAUAAACUCAUCAGAUUGUGGAUCCAUGAGAUUUACCGUGUCUUCUGUGAUCGUCUCAUUGACAAUGAGGACAGAAAGAUGUUUUUCAAUAUUGUCCAAGAGAGAACCUCAACAUACUUCAAACAGACCCUGGAUAAGCUCCUGUGCCAUCUCUCUCCAAGUGGUAGUGUGUCAGAUGAGAGCAUUAGAUCCCUCUUUUUUGGUGACUAUGCCACACUGGAUUUAGAUGCAAACAGGACCUAUGAUGAGAUCCGAGACCUUCCCUCACUCACUAGCAUCAUGGAACAUCACCUGCAGGAGUAUAAUACUAUGAGCACGGCCCCUAUGAGCCUCGUCAUGUUCCAGUUCGCUAUCGAGCACAUUUCCCGCAUCUGCCGGGUACUGAAGCAGGACAAUGGCCACUUACUUCUCGUGGGCAUCGGAGGAUCUGGCCGCAGCAGUGCUGCCAAACUUGCCACCUUCAUCAACCAGUACGACCUCUUCCAAAUCGAGCUCACCAAGAACUAUGGCAGGUCUGAGUGGAGGGACGACCUGAAGCGUGUGAUGACCAAGGCCGGGGUGGAGGGGAAAAGGACAUCAUUCCUCUUAGGGGAUGGACAGAUGAAGGAUGAGAUGUUUGUGGAGGAUGUGAACACACUUCUAAACACCGGAGAUGUGCCCAACAUGUUUGCACAGGAUGAGCGUGCUGAAAUUAUGGACAAUAUGCAGAGCAUCGCCAGGAAGGAGGGGAGAAAAAUCGAAGCCACACCACUCUCUAUGUACAAUUUCUUCAUUGACAGGGUCAAAGAGAACCUGCAUAUCAUCCUGGCGAUGAGCCCGAUCGGCGAUGCGUUUCGGAACCGUCUGCGCAUGUUCCCAUCUCUGAUUAACUGCUGCACUAUCGACUGGUUCCAGGCAUGGCCCACAGAUGCACUGGAGAUGGUGGCCAACAAAUUCCUGGAAGAUGUGGAGCUGGAGAAGCACAUCAGGACAGAGGUGGUGGAGAUGUGUAAGACCUUUCAGGAGAGAGUGCAGAAGCUCUCAGAGCAAUAUUACUCACAGCUGCGCAGGCAUAAUUACGUCACUCCGACCUCCUACCUAGAGUUGAUCCUCACCUAUAAGACACUUCUGAAGGCCAAGCGCAAUGAGGUGGACACUUUCAGGAACCGCUAUCUGAUUGGCCUGGAAAAACUCGAAUUCGCUGCCUCACAGGUGGCAGUGAUGCAGCAGGAGCUGACUGCUCUUCAGCCUCAGCUGAUGCAAACCUCACGUGAGACAGAUGAGAUGAUGGUAAAGAUUGAGAAGGAGACGGUAGAGGUGGAUGCGAAGAAAGAGCUUGUCGCUGCUGAUGAGAAAGUAGCCAAUGAAGCUGCAGCAGCUGCAAAAGCCAUUAAGGAUGAGUGCGAGGGAGAUCUUGCGGAAGCAAUGCCAGCAUUGGAAGCAGCUCUUUCGGCUCUGAACACGCUGAAACCUGCUGACAUCACAGAGGUGAAGUCCAUGCUGAACCCUCCUGGUCCUGUUAAACUUGUCAUGGAGUCCAUCUGUGUAAUGAAGGGCAUUAAACCCGAGAGGAAACCUGAUCCUGGAGGUUCUGGUAAGAAGAUUGAGGAUUAUUGGGGCCCAUCCAAGAAGCUGCUGGGGGACAUGAAGUUCCUGGAAAGUCUCAAAGCCUUUGACAAAGACAACAUCCCUGCUGCCAACAUCAAGAAGAUCCGUGAGAAGUUUAUUAGCAAUCCUGAUUUUCAACCUGCACUGAUCAAAAGCGUCUCAUCUGCCUGUGAAGGUUUGUGCAAGUGGGUCCGGGCUAUGGAGGUGUAUGAACGUGUGGCUAAAGUGGUGGCCCCAAAGAAAGAGAGGCUCUGCGAGGCAGAGGAAGAGCUGGCAGUUCAAAUGAAGGCUCUUGAAGUGAAACGUGGUGAGCUGAAAGCUGUGGAGGACCGUCUGUGCGCUCUGAAUGACUCAUUGGCUGAGAUGAUGCAGAAGAAAAAGGACCUGGAAGACAACAUCGAACUGUGCUCACAGAAAAUAAUCCGGGCUGAGAAGCUGAUCGGUGGACUGGGAGGAGAAAAGGACAGGUGGACAGAAGCAGCACGACUUCUGGGAAUUGAAUAUAACAACCUGACCGGGGAUGUGCUUCUUUCUUCCGCCACAGUGUCAUACCUGGGGGCUUUUACAGUGGAUUACCGGGUGGAAUGCCAACAGGAAUGGCAUAAGAUUUGUAUGAAAAGAAAAGUGCCAUGUUCUGAAGAUUUCACAUUAAGCAACAUUCUUGGCAAUCAAGUCUCAAUCCGGGCAUGGAGGAUUGCUGGGUUGCCCGUAGAUUCUUUCUCCACAGACAAUGGCAUCAUGGUGUCAAAUUCCCGCCGCUGGCCACUCAUGAUAGACCCUCAGGGACAGGCCAACAAAUGGAUUAAGAACAUGGAGAAGACCAACAAGUUGGCAAUCAUCAAGCUCUCUGACAGUAAUUAUAUUCGGACCUUAGAAAAUGCCAUCCAGUUUGGAAACCCGGUCCUCUUGGAGAGUUUAGGUGAAGAACUGGAUGCUGUUCUAGAGCCAGUUCUCCUGAAGCAGACAUUCAAACAGCAAGGUGUAGAAUACCUGAAGCUGGGUGAGAACAUCAUUGAAUAUUCACCAGACUUCCGGUUCUAUAUGACCACUGGAUUGAGGAACCCACACUACCUGCCUGAAGUGGCCGUGAAGGUGUGUUUGCUGAAUUUUAUGAUCACACCUCUAGGGCUGCAGGACCAGCUUCUCGGCAUUGUCGCUGCUCAAGAAAAACCAGAACUGGAAGAAAAGAAAAACAAACUCAUCCUAGAAAGUGCAGCCAACAGUAAGCAGCUUAAAGAGAUUGAGGACAAGAUACUGAAGGUUCUCUCCUCAUCCGAAGGGAACAUCCUGGAAGAUGAGACAGCUGUCAAGGUGCUGUCGUCGUCUAAGGUCUUGUCUGAGGAGAUCUCAGAGAAGCAGAAGAUUGCGACUGAAACAGAGCAGGAGAUUGACAGUACGAGGAUGGGAUAUCGCCCUGUGGCUGAGCACUCAUCCAUCCUGUUCUUCUGCAUCUCUGAGCUGGCCAACAUUGAACCAAUGUACCAGUACUCGCUCACAUGGUUUAUUGGUCUCUAUCAUCACUCUAUUGCUGAAAGUACACCAAGUAAAAAAUUAGAUACUCGCAUUGCUAACAUUGUGAAGCACUUCACCAUGAGUAUCUACAACAAUGUGUGUCGUUCACUCUUUGAGAAGGACAAGUUGCUCUUCUCACUGCUUCUCACUGUUGGAAUCAUGCAGGGCAAAGGGCAAAUCAGUGAUCUCAUCUGGCGCUUCCUUCUCACCGGUGGCAUUGCACUUGACAACCCACAUCCAAACCCCGCCCCCGAGUGGCUGUCGGACAAAGCGUGGUCAGAGGUGGUCCGAGCCUCAAACCUCCCAAGCCUUGAAGGUCUCUUUGAAGAUGUGCGUGAAAAUACAGCUGAGUGGAAGCAGGUUUAUGACUCAAGCCGGCCACAUGAGGAGCGCUUCCCAGGAAAAUGGAACACCCUGGUGGGCAUGGAGCGUAUGGCUGUGCUGCGCUGCUUCCGCCCUGAUAAAAUUGUUCCUGCUGUACAGCAAUUCAUUGUGGACAACAUGGGACGAGAGUACAUCGAACCACCGACGUUCGACCUGGCAAAAAGCUACAGUGACUCAAACUGCUGUUCGCCACUAAUCUUUAUACUCUCACCAGGGUCAGAUCCCACCGCAGUGCUGUUGAAGUUUGCAGAAGACAUGAAUAUGGGGGGCAGUAAGACCCAGUCUGUGUCCCUGGGUCAAGGACAGGGCCCUGUCGCCAUUAGUAUCAUCAACUCUGCUCUUCGCAAUGGAACAUGGGUUCUCCUACAAAACUGUCACCUAGCAACCAGCUGGAUGCCAACGUUAGAGAAGACCUGUGAGGAGGUGAUCACACCGGAGAACACACACCCUAAUUUCAGGCUGUGGUUGACCAGUUACCCGUGUGAGAAGUUUCCAGUCAGUAUCCUGCAGAAUGGAGUGAAGAUGACUAACGAGCCUCCUAAAGGUCUGAGAGCCAAUCUGCUGCGCUCCUACCUCACUGACCCACUGUGUGACCCCACCUUCUUCGUCAGCUCCACCAAACCACAAGUCUGGAGGAAGCUGCUGUUUGGUCUCUGCUUUUUCCAUGCCCUCGUCCAGGAGAGGAGAACCUACGGCCCACUAGGCUGGAAUAUCCCAUAUGAGUUUAAUGAGUCGGAUCUGAGGAUCAGCAUGCGUCAGAUUCAGAUGUUCCUGGAUGAGUCUGAAGAGAUUCCUCUCGAGGCACUGACUUACCUGACUGGUGAGUGUAAUUAUGGUGGUAGAGUGACUGAUGAUAAGGAUCGCAGGCUUCUGCUCUCGCUGCUGUCUACCUUCUACUGUUCUGAGCUCAUACAGCAGGACAAAUACAGACUGUGUGAGGGAAAUAUAUACUAUGUACCACCACAUGGACCCUACGAGAAAUACAUCAGCUACAUCCGCCGCCUGCCAAUCACAGCUGAGCCUGGGGUCUUCGGUCUCCAUGACAAUGCUGAUAUCACCAAGGACAACCAGGAGACCAAUCAGCUUUUAAAUGGAGUGUUACUCACCCUGCCCAGGCAAACAGGGGGUGGAGCCAAAUCUCCUCAGGAAGUGGUAGAUGAGUUGGCAGAGGACAUCCUGUCAAAGUUACCACCAGAUUUCAACAUUGAGGAGGUGAUAUCUAAGUAUCCAGUGGUGUAUGAGGAGUCUAUGAACACAGUACUGCGGCAGGAGGUCAUCCGUUUUAAUAGGCUGACUGAGGUGGUUCGCAGCAGCCUGGUCAAUAUCCAGAAGGCUCUAAAGGGGCAGGUGGUGAUGUCCGCGGAGCUUGAAAAUGUUUUUAACAGCAUGUUGGUGGGGAAAGUUCCAGCCAUAUGGGCCGCUAAAUCUUACCCAUCACUCAAACCUCUCGGCAGCUACGUCUCUGAUCUGCUGUCCAGACUGCACUUCCUACAGGACUGGAUAGCUAAUGGAACUCCGACUGUGUUCUGGCUCUCUGGGUUCUACUUCCCACAGUCCUUCCUCACUGGAGUGUCUCAGAACUUUGCACGCAAAUACAACAUCCCCAUUGACUACCUCGGCUUUGAGUUUGAGGUGAUGAAGCAGGAGUAUGAGAUGGAGAUAAAGCCCGAGGACGGCGCGUACAUUCGUGGUUUAUUCCUGGAGGGAGCUCGGUGGGAUCGAGAGCAUAUGGUCAUCGGAGAAUCACAUCCUAAAAUCCUCUUCGACUCGAUGCCCCUCAUCUGGCUGAAGCCUGGAGAGAGCAGCAAGUUCCUGCAUGAGAGUGUAUAUGUGUGUCCUGUUUACAAAACAAGUGAGAGGAGAGGCACACUGUCCACCACCGGACACUCCACCAACUAUGUCCUGUCCAUGGAGCUACCCUCAGACCGGCCGCAAAAACACUGGAUCAACCGUGGGGUGGCGGCACUCUGCCAACUAGAUGACUGA